GAGGGGCUUGUCGGGAUGGGGGCGGCAGCCAACAUGGAGCCCGCAAUGGGAUAAGGGUGAAAGUGCUAUUGCUGGCUGCUCCUGUUUUCGCGCCCCAGCAUGCUGGUGCAUUUAUUUCGGGCCGGGAUUCGGGGUGGCCCAUUCCCAGGCAGGCCGCUAGUGCCCCUCCGCUUCCAGACAUUCUCAGCUGUCAGGUACUCUGAUGGCCACCGCAGCUCCACCCUCCUCCGGGCCGUGGCCCACCUGCGGUCCCAGCUCUGGGCCCACCUCCCUCGCACCCCUCUAGCUCCCAGACAGAGCCCCUCUGCCUGGUGCUGGGUUGGGGGAGCCCUGCUAGGCCCCGUGGUACUGAGUAAGUGUCCCCGCCUCUACUUUGUGGCCCUCUGUGAGGCAGAAGAGGCCCCUCCUGCCAGCUCCACACCCCGUGUCGUGGGGUCUCGCUUUAACUGGAAGCUCUUCUGGCAGUUUCUGCGCCCCCACCUGCUGGCCCUGGGGGUAGCCAUCGUGCUGGCCUUGGGUGCGGCACUAGUGAAUGUACAGAUCCCCCUGCUCCUGGGCCAGCUGGUAGAGAUUGUGGCCAAGUACACGAGGGACCACGUGGGGAGUUUCAUGACUGAGUCCCGGAAACUCAGCACCCACCUGCUUAUCCUCUAUGGUGUCCAGGGACUGCUGACCUUCGGGUACCUGGUGCUGCUGUCCCACAUUGGCGAGCGCAUGGCUGUGGACAUGCGGAGGGCCCUCUUCAGCUCCCUGCUCCGACAAGACAUCGCCUUCUUUGACGCCAAUAAGACAGGGCAGCUGGUGAGCCGCUUGACGACUGACGUGCAGGAGUUUAAGUCAUCCUUCAAGCUCGUCAUCUCCCAGGGGCUGCGAAGCUGCACCCAGGUGGCAGGCUGCCUGGUGUCCCUGUCCAUGCUGUCGACACGCCUCACGCUGCUGCUGAUGGUGGCCACGCCAGCUCUGAUGGGAGUGGGCACCCUGAUGGGCUCCGGCCUCCGCAAAUUGUCUCGCCAGUGUCAGGAGCAGAUCGCCAGGGCAAUGGGCGUAGCAGAUGAGGCCCUGGGCAACGUCCGGACUGUGCGUGCCUUCGCCAUGGAGCAACGGGAAGAAGAGCGCUACGGGGCAGAGCUGGAAGCAUGCCGCUGCCGGGCAGAGGAGCUGGGCCGGGGCAUCGCCUUGUUCCAAGGGCUUUCCAACAUCGCCUUCAACUGCAUGGUCUUGGGUACCCUGUUUAUUGGGGGCUCCCUUGUGGCUGGACAGCAGCUGACAGGGGGAGACCUCAUGUCCUUCCUGGUGGCCUCCCAGACAGUACAAAGGUCCAUGGCCAACCUCUCUGUCCUGUUUGGUCAGGUGAUCCGGGGGCUGAGUGCAGGCGCCCGGGUCUUUGAGUACAUGGCCCUGAGCCCCUGCAUCCCACUGUCUGGGGGCUGCUGCAUCCCCAAAGAGCACCUGCGUGGCUCCGUCACGUUUCAGAAUGUCUGCUUCAGCUACCCCUGCCGCCCCGGCUUCGAGGUGCUGAAAGACUUCACCCUGACGCUGCCCCCUGGCAAGAUCGUGGCCCUCGUGGGCCAGUCUGGGGGAGGAAAGACCACCGUGGCUGCCCUGCUGGAGCGCUUCUACGACCCCACGGCAGGCGUGGUGAUGCUGGACGGGCGGGACCUGCGCACCCUUGACCCCUCCUGGCUCCGGGGCCAGGUUGUCGGCUUCAUCAGCCAGGAGCCCGUCCUGUUUGGGACGACCAUCAUGGAAAACAUCCGCUUUGGGAAGCUGGCAGCUUCCGAUGAAGAGGUGUACGCAGCCGCCCGGGAAGCCAAUGCUCACGAGUUCAUCACCAGCUUCCCCGAGGGCUACAACACCAUCAUUGGUGAACGGGGCACUACCCUCUCUGGGGGCCAGAAGCAGCGCCUGGCCAUUGCCCGAGCCCUUAUCAAGCAGCCCACAGUGCUGAUACUGGAUGAAGCCACCAGCGCGCUGGACGCAGAGUCUGAGCGGGUUGUGCAGGAGGCCCUGGACCGGGCCAGUGCAGGCCGCACGGUGCUGGUAAUUGCCCACCGGCUCAGCACCGUCCGUGGGGCCCACCGCAUCAUCGUCAUGGCCGAUGGCCGUGUCUGGGAGGCUGGCACCCAUGAAGAGCUCCUGAAGAAAGGCGGGCUGUACGCCGAGCUUAUCCGGAGGCAGGCCCUGGAUGCCCCGAGGACGGUGGCCCCACCGCCCAAAAAGCCAGAAGGCCCCAGGAGCCAGCAGCACAAGUCCUGAGAAGGGCCCCCGAGGUGUGGUCACUGCCAAGCAUCAGUGCUAGGGCUGGGGCUCAGCCUGCCGGGAGCUUACUGGAGACUGAGCCCCCGGGAGGGCCAGCAUGUGGAGAGUCGCUGCGGCUGCUCCUGCUCACAAUAAAGCCGGGGCCGAGCGGCUGGCAGGGGAGGCCAGUCCCUCCCUCCCCUCCCUAGUCCUGCCGGCUGCCUCCCUCCCACCAGAGUCUGCCAGAGUCAUUGGGCUGCAAUGGGCAGAGGCAGAGUUCCCCACUCUGUUCUCCCUUUGCCCAGACCCCUCCAGACCUCAGAGACAUUCUGGCCAGUGUCCCUGCCCCACCCAGCAGCCUCAAGUUGGCCAGGCCCAGGGAGUUUUUAAAAAUCAGGGUCUGGAAGUGGGCCUGGGAAUUCAAACCUAAGGCUCUUCCCACACCCUUGCUAGGACUUCACUUCUCUAGACUGGGGACUGACUCCCUCUCCUGUGUCCCCACUGCCUCACUGGACCAUGGGAGAAGGAGCCUAUCAGCUGGCUCACCCCGGAACCCACAGUCCCUGUCUUCCAAACAGCCUCCCUCCCUUCUCCCUGCACAGUGAACACAGUCCCGAUUUCUAGAUUCACCCCCACCCCUAAGGGACACAGGCCUCACAGGGCCCAACACUUGGGUCAGGGUAGGAGGGACGGGGCCACAGUGGCCAGUUCCCACGAGAGGCGCCAGCCUGCCUGGCUGUCUUCCAGCGACCCUGCCCUGUGUGCCUGGAGUCUUUCACCCACUGAGAUCGUGGACCAGCCUCCAUCUACACCAAGAACACCCAGCUCUGAAGGAGAUGGGAGGGGCCGAUGCCCACCUGAAGCUCUCAGCUUCCUGCCCACAAUGCUGACAAGUACAGAACUAAAUGGAGCAACUACUGCAGAAUCCAGUACAGAAUUGGUCCAGGAGGGCGCGGCUGUGGACAGGCCAGCGCCCCCUGCAAGUUCUGGGAGGCGCAUCUUGAAAGGGGAAGGCAGACAUCCCGAGUGACGGGCGCCUGUGGCCCCGAGGCUAUGGAUGGGGGGCUACGCUUCAGCUGGCUUCUGAGGGGCCUGGAAAGGCACAGAAGUAGGGCCUUGGCUGAACUGGCACCCAGCAGGACCUUGUGUCCCUGCACUGCUGCAGAUGCACCAGCCCUCCCCACCUUGGUGCCAGUGUCACUUCCUACUGGGAUCCUUCCCCCCAUCCAGUGACACCCAGGCUGUGGGACUACACGGGGCCCUGCUCCCCGGGGCAGGAGAAGAGGUGGUGCCUGCGGUGCACCUUCACAGCCAGCCAAGUGUACGAGAUAUAUCCUGUGUAAAGAAGGAUGGUACCCUGUUUCAGGGGUGUGGUGCAGUGCGCUGAUGGAGCAGCUGGUGCUGCUGGGAGGCCAUCCUGGAAGAGGCAGCAGUGGCUCAAGUUUGUGUGCAGGAGCCAGAGUGGGACCCACAGGCUCUUGUGGGUAUGGUGUAGGACUAGAUGGUGCUUUGGGGACAAGCCAUCCAAAAACCCCAGGCCCACAUCCACCCUGAUUUGAUAUCCCACUUCCUGACAGAUCAGAGGCUAUGUCUCUAGGCAGUGGAGGCUCAGGAGCAGAGCCUGGGGCUGGUUCACAGCUAAACCUCUCCUUAGGGCAGGCCAGAGUAGGACCUUAGCUUCUGGCGAGUCCACAAGCCCUGCCGGGGCCCUGCUUGUUGGCCUGACCCCUCCCUCACCAGGCAACCAGCCAAGGCGAUUUCUGCUUCACCCGCUCAGUCACCAGCCUCGGGCUGCCCAAGAUGCCUCUGACACCAGAUUUAUAUCUUCUGGAUGGCUUCUCCAAGUGCAGCCCUUUACCCGCCCCCUAGAGAAGCAGCGAAACCUCACAGCUAGUCCAGCUGGAAGAGCUAGAUUGCAAGAGCCGUGCCGUCUUCCUAACGUCACCUCGGCCUUAGCUCCACAGUGGAGAGCGGGAGCCUAGCUGUGCUUAAUGGUGAAUGCCUGUUUUGAGAGUGUGAGUGGGAUCAUCUACAGUACAAUACUUGCAAAGCACAGCACUGUGGCUCUGGGGAACUGGUACGCCUGUGCUGUAACCAUGGUACUCAGUCCUUCCAAAGUGUUUAUUAAUCAAGCACCUGUCAUGUGCCAUUGAGCCCACGAUGGGGAAUGAGGACCGUCCCUUCCCCCAUGAAGCUUGUGUCCUGUUGGGAGGACAGACAGGUGGCCCAGCAGUUGCAGCAUGGUGUGUGUACACAUUUGGUUGGUGGAACCAUGUUUCUACCACUCAUGGUCAAAAAAAGCCCACCAAAGUCAGCCUGGCGACCUCAGGUGCUUUUUUGGGCAAAGAUAGAACAGAAAUAAAUUUUAGUAAAUUAAUGGAGAUGAGCCGGCUUUCCCACAGGUCUACAAGGAAUGUCACCUCACUCCCAGAUACAUGGGGGCAGAUGACCAUUUAGCCAAAUGCAGAGUGUGACACUGAUGAGGACUGCCUGGCUCUCCUCCCCAGGUCCAGGGCUUCCUCCCGGAACCUCAGGUGUUCCUGGGCUGGCCCCUGUGGCCUUGAGCUGGGCAGCACCUCAUCUCCAGGACCAUGGAUCAGCACGGUGUCCUCAUCCCACUUCAGGUCAGCUGGCACUAGCUUGCACUACGUAACACAGCCUCCUGGAGGUCUCUGCCCACCCUCUGGGAGCCUGUCCCCACCCCCAACCUGUUACCUUCUCCCCUGGAUCAUUGGAAGCAUCUUAGGUCAGAUAAUACGCUGGCUCUGCCCUCUGCAGGCUCGCUGUCUCACACCGUGGACACAGUGACUCUAGAAAAGCCCCAUGCAAAGCAGGCCUGCUGCCACAUUACUGGUGGAAGUGCACAAUGGCAUGUCUCCUGUGGGGGAAAUUCAGUGUCAUCUAUCAGAUUACCAACCCAGUGGUCUCUUGGCCCAGCAGUCAUCCUGGGAGUUCACAUCUGUGUGAUGAUACGGCAACAUUGUUUGUAAUGGAAAGACUGGAGACCCCCAGUGCAUCAGUGGGGCAGUCAUUCAAUAAACUGGUGUGUGCA